ACCAGCAAGUACCCCAGCCUGCUUCGACUCCUCCCCGUUCGACGAAAAAGAAGCUGCUUGAGGACUUGUGCUCUUCCGAUCACCAUGGAGGGUCUCUUUUUUAACGUUAAGAGCGGCUACAUUGAGGGCAUUGCCCGAGGAUAUCGGAACAGUCUUUUGACUAGCCAACACUACUCCAACUUGACUCAAUGCGAGUCGAUCGAUGAUGUUAAGCUACAGCUCGCCCCCGCAUACGGCGACUUCCUCGCCGCUCUUCCCCCGAACCCCUCGACGUCCGCUCUAGCAGGCAAGAUGACCGACAAACUGGUUGCUGAAUUCCGUUAUCUCCUCGCGCAGGCCACGGGGUCCACGGAGAGAUUCCUGCGAUACCUGACAUACGGAUACAUGAUCGACAACAUCGCCUUGCUUAUUACCGGCACCCUCCACGAACGGGACACCCGCGAACUCCUGGAACGAUGCCAUCCUCUAGGCUGGUUCGAGACCUUGCCUGUCCUCUGUGUCGCCACCAACAUCGAAGAACUGUACAACUCUGUCCUGAUCGAGACGCCUCUAGCCGGCUAUUUCAAGGGUAGCCUUAGCCACCAGGAUCUGGACGAGCUCAACAUCGAGAUCGUGCGCAAUACGCUUUACAAGAACUACCUCGAGGACUUCCACCAGUUCGUCACCACACACCCUGAUUUCCAGGGAACGCCGACCCAGGAAGUCAUGUCGGAGAUUCUGCAAUUCGAAGCCGACCGGCGCGCCAUCAACAUCACAUUGAACUCGUUCGGCACGGAGCUGUCGAAGCAGGAGCGGAGGAAGCUGUACCCGGAGUUCGGUAAGCUCUGGCCGGAAGGCUCGCUGAUGCUCUCGCGUGCGGAUGAUAUAGAGUCUGUCGCGCUCGCCGUGAGCAUCUCCGCGGAUUACAAGGCGUUCUUCGAUGCGGUCGGCUUGACGCAGGGUGGAGGCGGUCUGGGAGGUAUGGGAGGCGGCUCGGAGGGCAAGAGCUUGGAGGAUUUGUUCUACCAGAAGGAGAUGGAGAUGUGCAAGGUUGUAUUCACACGGCAGUUCACGCCUGCGGUUGUAUAUGGAUGGAUGAGAUUGAAGGAGCAGGAAAUCCGAAACGUCACCUGGAUCGCAGAGUGUAUUGCGCAAAAUCAGAAAGAGAGGAUCGGGAACUUCAUCUCUGUUUUCUAGAUACCAUGUUUCUUCCUUUGUUAGCCGUGCCAUGUUAAAUCCCUAUCGAUUCUAUCUUCUGAUUCCUUUGUGUUUCAUUUUGUCAAGCCGUCACUAAAGUAUACUCCACACUCCCGGCUGCUUUCUGCGCACUUGUGAGAGAGAGAGUAACCCUGUAUCCUAUCUCCAAUCAGGCGUCUCGUCCUUCCGGUUUGGUUUUAUGAUCUUUCUAGUCAAUAAGCGCAUCCGAACCAUUCUGCAUCCAUCCGUUUCCGAUCAUGAUCUUCCUCCGGAGUUGGAUAGUAG